ACAGAAAGACACAAGCCAAGGGGUAGGUACGGGGGAUAGCUCAUUCUUGUUCUGAGGUUCUGUAUUUGCUCAAAAAUACUGUUUUUACUUAAUAUAUCCUACAUUGUCUUCUUCAUGGCACAAACAGUGGAGGAUGCAAUAAAGAAAGAGAUUCAAACGGAUGGAAAUAAAACAAGAGAAGAGAUGAAGCAAUUGUUGGAGUUACAGAGAGAAACAGACGAAAAGACAGAGUUGACGAGACGGAUAAAGGAAAAGGAUGACAUUAUUUUGGAUUUGGAGGAAAAGUUACAGCGGAAUGCCAACAUGGUUGAUGCACUAAAGGAACAGAAACAGGCACUCGAGAACCACAAAGAUCAAAUGAAGUCGCAACUGAGGGAAGUGGAGAAAAAGAAGGAGGAGAACAAGAAGAAACUUCUGUCAGUGGAGAACAAAAUAACUGAGGCUGAGAAUAAAAAGACGGAUAAAGGGGGAUUGUUAAAAGAAAAAGAAAAUCUAACUGAUGUCAAAUGGAAACUAGAUGAGCAAAAGACAAACUGGGAGAAACUUAUUCUGAGUGUUGAGCAGAUGCUGCAGAGAAUAGAUGUUUUAAUCAGUAGUGACCAAGUGCAAGAAACUACAGCACAUGCCAAUCAAGGGCUUCAGAUGCUGGACGAAGGAGUAACAGAAGAAUGAGCUUUUAGUUUAAUUCAAAAAGUCAAACUGUCUGUUCUUACUUUUUAUAGCACAUAAUCACAAAAUUUGGAAAUAAUAAUAGGUGUGAAUAAUAUAGCGCCUUUCACAAAACCCAAGGAUGCUUUACAAUGGAAAAAACAAACAAAUAAACAAAACAUAAAACAUAAAAAAAAAAAAUACAAAAUCAAGACAGAAGAAGAGGAAGAGAAGUGUUCAUUGAAGAGAAAGGUUUUUAACUCGGACUUGAAAAAGGAGACGGAGGGACAAUCACGUAGGGAUUGUGAGAGAGGCACUGAAGGACCGGCCUCCUAGGGUGGACAGUUUGGUGCGUGGGACUGUAAGGAGGUUGGAUGAUCUGAGAGACCGAG